AAUACUAAUUUUAUUACUUUCUUCAACAAUCGUCCUUUAAUAUUCUGCAAUUUCUUCUCUCUAGAGUGGCCAUGGAAUUCAAGGUGGGAUUUCUAGUUGCAUUGAUCUGCAUUGUGGUGGCUAGUGUUGGAGGCCAGUCUCCGGCGGCUUCGCCGGCCAAAGCUCCGGCAGCUGCUAAGGUUUCUACUCCCCCUGCUGCUGCACCUACGAAGCAUAAAUCUCCAGCUCCAGUGGCGGCUCCUACUUCGAUUCCUCCGGCUUCAACUCCUGUGAGUUCUCCACCGACAGUUUCGACUCCAGCUCCUGUGAGUUCUCCACCGACAGUUUCGACUCCAGCUCCUGAAAGUUCUCCACCGACAGUUUCCACACCGGCUCCUGAAAGUUCCCCACCGACUGUUUCCACGCCGGCUCCAGUGAGCUCGCCUCCAGCUCCGGAGCCAGUCAGCUCACCACCUACGGCUGCUCCAGUCCAGUCUCCACCAUCUCCGGCUCCCGAGGCGGCCACACCACCACCAGUCAGCUCACCACCUACGGCUGCUCCAGUCCAGUCUCCACCAUCUCCGGCUCCCAAGGCGGCCACACCACCAGCUCCGGCUUCUGCGCCCCCGAGUGAGACUCCGGCUAAGGCUCCGGCUCACAGCAAGAAGAAGGGCAAGAAGCACACUUCACCUUCACCUGCUCCGGCUCCGGAGCUGUUAAGCCCACCCGCACCUCCAACCGAAGCCCCCGGACCUAGUGCCGAUUCCGUCUCUCCAACUCCUGCUUCACUUAACGAUGAGAGUGGAGCAGAGAAAUUGAUGGGGUUGCAGAAGCUGCUGGGAAGUUUGGUGUUGGGAGGGGCCGUGUUUGGCUGGCUCCUCUUCUAGAAAACACGAUUAUUUUGGAAAACUUUUGUCCCCAAACCCAUCUUCAUUUAACAUAUUUAUAGUUUGUCUGUUUAUAUGCUUGUGAUACAUCCGGGUUUGAUUCGGAUCCGAUUGGGGAUUUUAGUAUUCUUUGGCAUACAGUUUGAGGGGAGAGUUGUACUUUUUGCAUUGACUGUGAUUGUCAUCUUCUAUUAUUGUAUUAUUAUUUGAUUAUUCAUAACUCAAAGUUUCGUCUA